AUGAAGCUCGCCCACGACCACCCCCUCACCUCCCUCGGCGGUCCCAGUUACCCCCUCUCCAGCAUCCACGCCCACUACUACCACAGCGGCGUCCAACGCGUCCGGGCCGAACUGCCCAAUUCGCACACCUGGGAGGAAGUGUUCCGGAUGGAGGUCGCGCGGGAACAACGGAUGCGGGAGGCUGUUGAGACUCCGAACUUGACUGGAGCGCAGGAGGAGCGCAUUACGGCGUGGCAGAAUUACGCUACCGCGAAUGGGUCGACGCAGUUUAGACGAGGAUGA